GGCCUCGGUGGGGGACAAGGCCUCGGUGGGGGACAAGGCCUCAGUGGGGACAAGGCCUCAGUGGGGGCGGCUGGUGGGGGACAAGGCCUCGGCCUCGGUGGGGGACAAGGCCUCAGUGGGGGACAGGCCUCGGUGGGACAAGGCCUCGGUGGGGGACAAGGCACUCGAUGGGGACAAGGCCUCGGUGGGGACAAGGCGGGACAAGACCUCGGUGGGGACAGACCUCGGGUGGGGGACAAGGCCCUCGGUGGGGGACAAGGCCUCGGUGGGGACAAGGCCUCGGUGGGGGACAAGGCCCUCGGUGGGGACAAGGCCCCGGUGGGGGACAAGGCUCUGGCCCGGUGGGGACAAGGCUCGGGACAAGGCCUGGUGGGGACAAGGCCUCGGUGGGGGGACAAGGCCUCGGGGGACAAGGCUCUGUGGGGACAAGGCCUCAGUGGGGACAAGGCUCGGUGGGGACAAGGCCUCGGUGGGGGACAAGGCCUGGUGGGGGACAAGGCCUGGUGGGACAAGCCUGGUGGGGACAAGGCCUCGGUGGGGGACAAGGCCUGGUGGGGACAAGGCCGUGGUGACAAGGCCUCGGUGGGGGACAAGGCCUCGGUGGGGGACAAGGCCUCGUGGGGACAAGACCUCG